AUGGACUUCGCCGCCGGCGAAGACCCCAAACAACAACAACAACCGAUCGAACACAUCUUAUCGUUCCCAAUAGUUCUAUCUGAUCGAAUCCGUCAAGCCGUUGACGAAUCAAAAUCCUACAAACUCGAAUGUACCGAAGUCGGAAAACUUGUCGACCGUCUCUCUCAGAUGCUCCGGUCUUUCGUCCGGUUCACCAACACUGCGCCUUCCCUCUACGACCGCCCCGUCCGCCGUGUCUUCGCCGACGUUACCAGAACUCUAAAACGCGCCCUAGUUCUUGUACGGAAGUGCCGCCGUCGAAGUGUGUUCCUCCGUGUCGUCACUAUCGUAGGCGCCGCUGAUUUCAGGAAACUUUUUAACCUUCUUGAUGCAUCAAUUGGUGACAUGAAAUGGUUGCUUAGCAUAUUCGACACCGGCGGAGAUUUCGGCGUUGUUCUAUCUUUACCCCCAAUUGCGAGUAACGAUCCGAUUUUAGCAUGGGUUUGGUCUUAUAUAUCUUCACUUCAUUUAUGUCCUUUAACUGUUAAAAUCGAAGUCGCAAAUGGGUUAUGUUCAUUAGCAAAUGAUAACGAUAGGAACAAAAAAAUCAUAGUAGCAGAAAGUGGAAUUCCGCCAUUGUUAAAGCUUAUGAAAGAAGAUACAUCACCGGAAGCCCAAAUUACGGCCUCCAACACACUCUUUAACUUGGCAAACAAUCAGGACCGGGCUAGGUUAAUCACACACGAGCUUGGUGUCCCAAUUAUAGUACAAUCUUUUCAGAAAUCCCCAAUUAGGGUUCAGAUAUCGAUCGUGAAAUUAAUUUCAAGAAUGGCGGAAAACGAUGAAGUUUCACAAGAGGCAUUUGCUAGAGAGAAUGUGAUUAGACCACUCGUUACAUUGUUAUCAUUUGAAACAUUCGUUGGCAAUGAUUCCCAGAAGCAAAGUAUUCAUUCGAUCGUCCAGUUUAAUAAACAAGAUACAAGAAAUUACACUUCAUCUUCUUCAAUGUGGUCGAUUAACAGAAAAGAGAGACAAAACGAGCCAUCUGAAUUGAAACUGGAAUUGAAAACUAAUUGUGCGAAAGCCUUAUGGAUGCUUGCAAGAGGUAAUCUUGCAAACAGUAGGAUAAUAACAGACACAAAAGGGUUACUCUGUUUAGCUAAAAUUAUCGAGACAGAAAAAGGUGAAUUGCAGAUCAACUGUUUGAUGAAUGUCAUGGAAAUCACAGCUGCAGCAGAAUCAAACCCUGAUCUCAGACGUGCAGCUUUCAAGUCAAAUUCCCCCGCUGCAAAAGCCGUAAUCGACCAACUCUUGAGACUGAUUCAUGAUUCCGAUUCCGAUUCUGAUGACUCUCCAACCAAGAUUCCGGCGAUCAGAGCGAUCGGUUAUCUGGCUCGAACUUUCCCCGCUAGAGAAACCCGCAUCAUCGGUCCGCUAGUGAAACAACUCGGUCACUGGAAUCCAGACGUCGGAACGGAAUCAGCCAUCGCCCUCGGGAAAUUCGCUUGCCCAGAGAAUUUUCUAUGCACAGAGCAUUCAAAGACUAUAAUUGAAUUUGAUGGGGUGAUGCCUUUGAUGAGAUUGUUGAGAGGGAGUGAGAAGACAAAGUAUCAUGCGUUAGUGCUUUUGUGUUACCUUGCUAUGAAUGUUGGAAACAGUGAGGCUCUUGUACAUGCGAGAGUGUUGACAGCUUUAGAAGGGGCUGAUAAAGGCAUUGUUGGUCAGCAUUCAGAGUUGAAAGAUUUGGUGGUUCAAGCUAUUUAUCAUCUAAAUAUGUAUCAUGCUGCUGUUGUUCCUUGA